AUGCUAUUCGAACGAGCAUCGUUCGCCUGCUCAUUGUUAAACUCCGAUGUUUCAUUGUUCGUUCGUCCGUUCGUUUGUUUUUCUCACGCGCCGUUUCGCCGAUCAAUUUUCCGCGUACGAAAAAUUCCAGUAGCGCGUUCCGCACGAAUCGACGAAAUUCGCACGGGCCGACGGACGGAUAAAAGCGACAUGAACCCUGUGAAACUGCGAUUUUAUACCGAGCGAUACGAGAAGGAGAAAAAGUACUUUCGCCUGCAAGAAAAGUUCGUAGCUAUCGCGCGUACGAAACCUCUAACCGGUAAGUUUUACGCAAAACACGACGCAAUCCCGGCUUCCGAGGUUCGACGAGAGUACGUAGAUUUGAUCUCGAAACGACUGGUCCUCGCACCGAAGGAUAUUUACGCGUUCAAGCCAUCCACGGUCAAUAUGGAGUAUGGCUGGUUCUCGGAACCCUUGAUACCUCGAACCAAGGAUCCAAGGUUGUCGUUUGCCCGAAAACAAACGGAUUUUAUCGCUAACGAGCUUCGAAUACGACACGUUCAAAGAGGUUUACCGACCGAGAAGUUUCUAGGAAUACCUUUCAAAGUUUAAACGACGCGGCUAUGCUAUCGUUUGUCGCGAUCGUCGAUAAAAUUCAAUAUCGAUGUUGUGCCAACUCCGUUUCCUGGCAACGAACGAGCCACACCGAUCCCGCGUCGACAUGCCACAAACCAC